AUGCGACUCCAGGUUGGGCUGCCAACACAGUAUUUGUCCGCAAGGCAAUCUCAUCUACUCCGUAGACUCUGCAAGAAAUUAUCGCUCUGCGCCGUCGUAUUUAUGCUCGCUGGUAGUGGAAGCAGGAUGUAUAGUACUUGUGCAUAUCGGAUAAUUCACAACGCCUGGGGCGAGGCGUAUUGUACCAUGCAUUUCCAUCCAAGGGACACCAGGCUAGCAGUUCAUUCGAAUCUCGAAACGUCGAAACAUCGAAUCAAUCCCCCUAAAAGAACACCCAUCAAAGCACUCUACUUCAAACUGUUCAUCUAG